CAAAGAAAUAGUAGUAACCCUUAAAAAUCCUCAGUUUUCUCCAAGUUUCUUUAAUCUUGCUUCAAUGGCUUCUUCUCCCCACAACUUCCAACUUCUCUCAUUGCUCUCCUCUGUCGUCUUCUUCCUCGCUCUCUCCGUUCUCGCUUCUGCUACCCUCGAAGUGCGUUUCUACCGUUCAUCUUGUCCUAAUGCCGAGGCCAUUGUCAAGAGAGUUGUAAACAAAGCCAUUUCUCAAAAUCCCGGCAUCGCUGCUGGACUCAUUAGAAUGCACUUCCAUGAUUGCUUUAUCAGGGGUUGCGAUGGUUCUGUGCUGUUGAAAUCCACUCCUGGAAAUCCAACAGAGAGGGAUCAUCCGGUUAACUUCCCGAGCUUACAAGGUUUUGAGGUUAUUGACGAAGUUAAAACUAAUCUCGAGGCUAUUUGUCCCAACACUGUAUCUUGUGCCGACAUUCUUGCUUUCGCUGCUCGUGAUAGCGCUCGUAAAGUUGGAGGUAUUAACUAUGUUGUGCCAGCGGGUCGUCGUGACGGCCGCAUCUCGAUAAAGAAAGAAGCUGGACGUCUCCCUCCUCCCUCCUUCACCGUCGAGCAGCUCACCAAGAGCUUUGCCAAGGGAGGGCUAUCGGUGGCAGAGAUGGUGACGCUCUCCGGCGCCCACUCCAUCGGAGGAGCUCAGUGCCACACCUUCUCCCGGCGGCUCUAUUUCUUCAACGCAACUCACCCACAAGACCCCUCCAUGGACCCCUCCUAUGCCGCUUACUUGAAGACCAAAUGCCCGCCGCCGAGCAGCGGCCGGAACUAUCAGCAGUCGGAGGUGGCGCUCGACUUUUCCACCCCGAAUCGUCUCGACAACGAAUACUAUAUCGGGCUGACGAACCACCGUGGGCUGCUGAGCUCCGAUCAGAUAUUGCUGAGCAGCCCUUCCACCAAAAAAACAGUGUUGAAUUAUGCCAAGAACGGUUCCAUAUGGGCUGUCAAAUUUGGGAAGGCAAUGGUUAAAAUGGGUUCCAUCGAGGUUCUCACUGGAUCGGAGGGCGAGAUUAGGCGCCAUUGCAGCGCUGUGAAUUGAUCUCAGAAACUUUAUUCUUGUCCCCACUGGUUUACGUUUAUUAUAUGUUUUCAUGUUUGUUUGAGUUCAUGAUUUAAUUUACUUCUGAGUUCUGAGAGUGUAGAUUUUAUACUUGUUUCUUUUGUGUCUUUUUUGUAAGUUUUUCAUGUAUGAUAUUUUG